CAUAGAUCAUCCUCUUCUUCCUCCAUUCCAUGUAUACCAUGCUGCGCCAAUUCGCUCGCUCCUGCCCCCGCUGCGAAGUGCGCGCCCUUCUUAGACAGCCGCCCCAGCUCCAGCAGGCCCGUUUCUAUGCCCAGAUACAGCGCGAACGAGCCGCCCGCCGUGCAGGCGGCACCCCUUCACGACCCCGCCCAGGGCAGCAUGGACACGAAAGACCUCGCCCGUCUCGAAUGGUGCUCUCCGAUACCGUCGCGCAGCCUCCUCGCCCUUCACCGGACGCAAAGCCGCCCAAGAGACAGCGCGAGCCCUUCUCACACUUGAACAGAACAAAAGCUCCGCCCAUGCGAGAGCGAGAAGCAAGGCACGGAGAAUUCAGGGCAGACAGAUCCUCUGGUCGAAGACCGGAUGGGAAGAGGCGCGCUCCCCAGGAGCCGUUCCAUGCGCUCAAAAUGCAGCGCUCGUUGCACGAGAUACCUUAUGGGCCGAGAUCCGCUAUCAAAAGGAAGAUAGCAGAAAUCGAUUCUUUCCAGAGCUUUCCGCUUAUGGAUACCGUACAAGAAGCGGUCAAGGAUGCGCUGCCUGGGCUGGAAUACCGCCAACCAACUCCCGCUCAGGCAGUUGCAAUACCAGCUCUGCUUGGUCUGCAAAAGCAGCGACGAACGAAAAGCGCGUCGGGGAACAUGGGCCCCGAAUCGUUCCUCCUCGCUGCGGAAACCGGCUCCGGAAAAACCCUAGCCUACCUUCUCCCUACCAUUGACGCCAUUAAGCGCGAAGAGGUGCUUGAACGGGAGGAAUCGGCGCGCAAAGAAGCAGAAGAAGCAGCUCAGAUGGAGGAGAAGAGAAGGGACGACAUCUUCGCGGUAGAGACUCCAAAGUUAAACAAAGCUGUCGAUCCAGCUCGCCCUCGUGCCGUCAUCCUCGUCCCUUCCGCCGAACUCGUCGCCCAAGUCGGCGCCGUCGCCAAAUCCCUCUCCCAUGCCGUAAAAUUCCGCGCCGCGCCCAUUUCAGCUAAAAAUUCGGCGACUAUCAUCCGCAACCGUCUCUUUAAUGAAAAUGGCGUAGACAUUGUGAUCAGCACGCCCCCGCUUCUGGCCAGCAUUGCGCAGAGCAAUCCCAACAUCCUCGCUCGCGUUACUCACCUCAUCAUUGACGAGGCAGAUUCGCUCUUCGACCGCUCCUUCAAACCUAGCACCACCGAGAUCCUCGAGAAAGCCACGCCAUCACUAAAGAAGCUCAUGCUAUGCUCUGCGACAAUUCCACGGUAUCUAGACAAGCACCUGGCCGACAAAUAUCCGGACAUGCAGCGACUAGUCACGCCGAAUCUACAUGCUAUACCCAGACGAGUUCAGCUUGGAGUCGUAGACGUAAACAAGGACCCGUACCGUGGAAACAAGAUGUUGGCGUGCGCGGAUACCAUUUGGCAGAUCGGCAAGGCAGCCGCCGAGUACGAUCCAUCCGAAGGCAAGGAAGCGGUACCAACGAAACGCGUCUUGGUCUUUGUGAACGAACGAGAGGAUACCGAAGAAGUAGCUGAAUAUCUGGUAAAGAAGGGCAUCGAUGCCGUGGCUUUCCAUCGAGACACCGACCCGUCUCGUCAAGCGAAGAUACUUGGUUCAUUCACCGGAAAUGAAAAAGUCAAAGACGGCAAAGAGGGCGAAGAGAAGGAAGUUUCCAAGGCUGAUGCCAGCAAACGGCAACUCCCCAACACGAAAGUCAUCGUCACUACAGAUCUUGGCUCGAGAGGUAUCGAUACCGUGGCGGUCCGGCAUGUUAUUCUCUACGAUGUACCACAUACCACUAUCGAUUUCAUCCACCGACUGGGUAGAACAGGGCGUAUGGGCAGAAGAGGCAGAGGUAUCGUGCUUGUUGGUCCUGGCGACAGAGCCGAUGUCGUAAAGGAAGUUAGGGAAGCCAUGUUCAGGGGCGAGGCCUUGAUUUAGGUCCACUUUAUGUAUUUUGUAAAGCUACGUGUAUAAUAUCCGAGCAAAGACUCACAUUGCAUCGACCGCAUUGCAUGGCGUUGGGCAACGAUACUACCUCAAAG